CUCUGUUCUUGCUUGUUUCUUCUCCUCGACUGCUUAGAUGGUGGUGGAGGUGGACCAAAUGGUUAGCAGAGAACGGUGGUUUCGCCAUUAAUGGUGAAUUCAAGGGCAAGUCUAGCUUAACUUUGGUUUUGGGUUGCUCUUGUUUUCAUGGAUACUAGUGGAGGCAAUUACAUGAACCACUCUAUCCAACUAAAACAGCACAAACAAAAUAAUCAACGUCAUCUAAAUCAGAUUCCUUAUGCAGUGAUGCAAUCGUCGUCGUCAUCUUCCAUCCCUGGAAACUUCAUAAGCAAAGACAGUGGAGCUUAUGAUUUGGGUGAAUUGGAUCAAACCCUUUUUCUCUAUCUUGAUGGACAAGACCCUUCCACUAUUCAAGACCAAAGAUAUAACUCUGGAAUGAGGCCCCCGACUCUGAACAUUUUCCCUUCUCAGCCUAUGCACGUUGAGCCGCCAUCAUCAUCAACAAAGACAAAUACAGGAUUAGUUUCUCCAGCAAAUAGUAGUGGUUCAAAGAGACCAUCAGAAUCGUCCAUGGAGUUGGCCAACGCCAGAAAUGAUGCUCCACAUCAACCAGUUAAAGCUGUCAAGCUUGAGGGGAUUUGUAAAAGGCCAACAUCAAGUUCAGAGAAAGAAGCACCCUAAACACCAGACCCUGAAGUGAAUUCUUUGACUCAACUUUUAUUUUCUUUUAACUGAAAAAAAAACUGUUGAUCUAUGAAAUUUAUUUGUAUCAUUCCCAAUCAGACAUUGAGAAGACUUGCUCAGAAUAGAGAAGCAGCAAGGAAAAGCAGGCUAAGAAAAGAGGUCAUCCAUAUAUAUUUUUUCCUCAUUUAAAGAAAAGCUUUAAUGGAAGAAAUUAACCAAGUGUUAUUGCUGGGGGAACUUUUGCUGUCAAUUUGAUGACCGGCUUAUAUUCAGCAAUUAGAGUCAAGUAGGAUUAGGCUAACCCAAAUGGAACAAGAACUUCAAAGAGCCAGAACUCAAGAAGUGUUCUUCGGUGGUGGUAUUAACAACAUAAGUCCAGAUGCUGCAUUGUUUGACAUGGAGUAUGCAAGAUGGCUAGAAGAGCAUCAUCGGCUGGUGUGCGAGCUUAAAGCAGCGGUUCAUGAGCAUCGACUGGAGAAUGAGCUUGGGAUCUUCGUCAAGAGCUGUUUAGCUCACUUGGAGCAAGUGAUGAACCUAAAAUACAUGGUGGCUAAAACCGAUGUCUUUCACCUUGUGUCUGGAAUGUGGAAGACUCCAGCUGAACGAUGUUUCAUGUGGAUGGGUGGGUUUUGGCCAUCUGAGCUAAUCAAGAUCAUAUUGAAUCAGAUUGAGUCACUGACGGAGCAGCAGGUAAUGGGGAUAUGUGGGUUGCAACAGUGGACGCAGGAAGCUCUAACACAAGGGUUGGAAGCACUGAACCAAUCUGUUUCUGAUGUCAUAACAUCUGAUUCACUGAGCUGCCCUCCUAAUAUGAGUCAAAUGGCUAUCGCCAUCAACAAGCUCUCCACCCUUGAAGGUUUCGUUAGACAGGCGGAUAAUAUGAGACAUGAAGCUAUACUUGGAUUAUAUCAAAUCCUGACAGUCCCUCAAGCUGCAAGAUGUUUGCUGGCCAUCUCCGAGUAUUUUCAUCGCCUGAGAGCGCUGAGCUCACUCUGGUUGGCUCGACCUCGGCAACAACAAUAAAAAACCCUAGCUGAGCAAUUAUAAUAUUAUUGUCUU